UAAUCAUGUGGUAUGAUGUUCCAUGGUUUAGUUUUCACUUUUUCAUGUUGUCGCUGUCCUCGAGCCUACGGCUCUAAAGACACAAAGACAGGAACGAGGAACGACAGAAAUAUUAACUCUUCGUCAAGUAUCAACGUACUUCCUGCUAGAAGUGUCCAACUGAACUGUCCAGAAGCACUAUCGCACGCAAACAGUCGUAGACCGUACAUACUUCUGCUGGAUGGCGUCAUGGUGAAACCAAAUUCAUCUUUGGUUAAUGGCCAAAGCAACCAGCAGUUAUCACUGAACGCUGGAAGCAUGAACAGCAAUAAUUCUGACAGUCUGUCAUCUUUCAUCAUCGUGGAUGAACCAACCACAAGUAACAUGUCAAGCUUGACCAGUGUACCACAAAACUCCUCUCUGAGUCUGGAUCCAGAGGAUUUGCCGAAAAAGUUGGAAGUUAUAAUGAAGGAAAAUGCGGAACUGAAAGAGGUCCUGCAGCAGAACAAUUUGGCCAUGAAGCAGCAGUGUGACACUCUUUCCAAGUGGCAUGAGGAGGUUCUUCAAGUUCAUAAAAGUCAUAAAGAUAAAUUUGAAGAAAUGAAGUUGCUCAUCGUGAAGCUGAAGACAGAAAAAGAGGGACUCUUAAAAAAACUGCAGAGCCAAGAAAAUAUCCUCUCUGAAAACCAGGAACUUAAGACGAAAUUGCAGAAGCUUGAUGCAAUCUUGGAGGGCCAACAGGAAGUUUUGAAGGAGAAUGAGUUGUCGAAACAGAGGGUGGCUCAACUGGAAAAACAAUGUUGCCAAGCGCAAGAUGUGAAUGCAGCCCUGGAAAAGGCGGAGAUCAGGAUAAAGAAGUUGGCUGACAAGCGCUUGUCAGAAAUGUUGGAGAAGGAAGAGCUGCAACACAGAGUGAAUUUGCUGCAGCAAGAGCUGGCUGAAAUGCAGGCUGAUGGUUUUGUGAUGGUGUCACAUGAUGUGCCAAAAACAACAACUAACAAAGAAAAGGAUCUUCCACAUCCUGAGGACAAGCUGAAGAAAUUUUACGCUGCUGUUGACAAAUAUGAUGAGUCUAUUAUGAAUUCCUUCAAGGUCCUUGAACAACAAGUUACAAGCUUUGUCACUGUUUACAACUGGCUUGAUGAGACACGAGCAAAACUGCCAGGCUCUUCAGCAGGAUUGUCCGAGAUGGGAACUUUACUGGAGAUGAUUUCUUUAAGUCUGAGAGAAGCGCAGAAAAGCAGCGCGGGCCAAAGGCAGCAGAUGGAGGAAGCAAGUCAGCAGUUAGGCAGACUUGGCAGUGAUUUCCAAACCCUGCUUGAGGAAUUCAUGUCUCUCAGUAAUGAUGUGAAAAACAAGAAGCCUGAACCAGAACAACCUGCAGCUCCUGCUCCUUCGUCAGCUUCAUUUAUGGAGCUUGAAAAACAGUUGGAAGGGGCUAAAGAGCAGCUCCAGGAGAUGGAGGGCAGGCUGAACGUGAAGGAUCGGAUUGUAUCACAGUUGCAUGCCCGACUGAGAGAGAAUGAAAAUGAAAUUGCUGAGUUGGCUGCACAACAGAAGAGUGAGCAGAGCAAAGAGUUCAAAGAGCAGCUUGAUCAUAAGAUUGCGGAAAUUCUGCAAAUGAAAGAUGUACUGGAGGAAAAGGAGAGAACCCUUGAGAAGAAAAAUAGCUUGAUUGCACAGAAGGACUCGCAACUCGCGCAAAUGGAACUGAGGGUGUCGCAGGCGGAGACCAAGUCCAACCAGAAAGAGGCUGAAGCUGCGACCAUGCUGCAGCGAAUGAAAACCCUAGAACAGAGUGUUGACGCUCUGCAAGCACAGGCUGAAGUGUACAAAAUGGACUUCAACGAGGAGCGGGAGUCGCGGGAGAAGCUGGCCGCAGACAAGGAGAAGUUGGCCGAUGAGUUGCUGGCUGUUCAACAGGAAAAGGAGCAUUUGGCUGCUGAACUGGAGGCUCUGAAGAGACAACCAACUCAGCUCCCUCCUACCGCAUCAGCGUCAAACGUCAACCCCAAAACUCAGCACACCAACUACAACACAAUCGCAGCAAUAGGAAGACCAAGAAGUCAUUGGUUGAGUGAUGCUCUCGAGCAACCGCGAGAACAACCAAAGCCUUUUGAGGAAGAAGUUCCAGAGCCAAAACGGUUCUUCUGUCCAAAGUGCAAUGCUGCAUUUCGAGAAGUCGAGCCACUUCAAUAUCACGUUGAGACUUGCUUGGAGCUUUAAUGCAUAAGCAUUCAUCAAUGCUCAUUCUAACAUCAUUAACGUCUAAUCGCUUUCAUUUUUACUAAUCCUUUGCUGUGUGUGUUAGUUUGUUAUUGUUCAUUCACCGAUGGAAACACUCGUACCGAUAAUGGUUACCGUCUCGUUAAUCAGCAUUUAACUAAAUCCAAAAUUCCUUAACCUAAAAAGAUUAACUUCUUGUUGCAUUAAUACAAUCUAAUAUUUUCCAGUAUGAGUGUCCCAAGUGCUACUUUGUGUUCAACAGUUUGCAACCUCUGGAAAACCAUGUUAACCUCUGCUUGGAUCAGGACAUGUAUCCAUAGACAGAUAACUAUGACUGACGUGAGCUUAAAUUAGUUCCUGCUAAAGUGGUGCCAUAAAGUACAGAGACACACAAUACUGAUUUCAGAAUGACACCUUUUCUAGUUCCCUGCUUAUUAGUAACCUGAUAGAAUUAAUUAUAUUAUUUGUUACUAUUAUCGAUGUUUGACUAUUUUUACUUGCGAUUGUGAUUGAUAAUAAUGUAAUAAAUAAUGAAUCUCUAUAUACUUUGAAAGUGA